GGACGGGCCUACGGGCGCACGUGACUCCGGUGGGUGUGUGCUGUCCUCAGCCUUCAUUCAGAGCGACGUUUUACUAAAGUUGUAAGAUGGCGACGGUGCAUCUGAGAAUCGGGGAUCUUGUAUGGGGAAAGCUUGGUCGCUACCCACCAUGGCCAGGAAAGAUAGUAAGCCCCCCCAAGGACCUGAAAAAACCAAGAGGCAAAAAAUGCCAUUUUGUGAAAUUUUUUGGAACUGAAGACCAUGCUUGGAUCAAAGUGGAACAGCUGAAGCCCUACCACGCCCACAAAGAGGAGAUGAUCAAGAUAAACAAAGGCAAACGCUUCCAGCAGGCAGUAGAUGCAGUGGAGGACUUCCUAAAGAAAGCGAAGGGGAAAGAACAGAACUCUGAUGGCAAAGGAGACUCUAAAGGCAAGAAGGCUCAUAGCAAGCCACUGAAAAUUCUGGAGGAGGAUGAUGAGGAUCUGAGUGCCCUGAAGGACCCGUCUGAGAAGGACUUAACUGACUCUGACCCCGAGCCGUCCACUAUUGAGAGGCUGGGGGCUGGACCUGGCUCAGGAUUCAAAUGGGAAAGCAGUCCUGUGAAGGACGACCCACAUUUCCACCACUUUCUACUCAGCCAGUCUGAGAAGCCUGCCUCAUCAAUGGAACCCAUUAGCAAACGCCUGAAGAUCAUUGAAGAGGACACAGGUUCAACAUCCAUCCAAGCAGCAGACAGCACAGCCGUCAAUGGCAGCAUCACACCCACAGAUAAAAGAAUAGGGUUCUUGGGUCUGGGGCUUAUGGGUAGCGGUAUAGUUUCCAACCUGUUAAAGAUGGGUCACGUGGUCACAGUGUGGAACCGCACAGCGGAAAAGUGUGACCUCUUCAUCCAGGAGGGUGCCAGGUUAGGCCGAACUCCUGCAGAAGUGGUUUCCAUGUGUGAUAUCACCUUCUCCUGUGUCUCAGACCCAAAGGCUGCCAGGGAUUUGGUGUUGGGCCCCAGUGGAGUGCUGCAGGGGAUCAGGCCAGGGAAAUGCUACGUAGAGAUGUCCACUGUAGACCCAGAGACUAUCACAGAGCUGUCACAGGUGAUCACAUCACGGGGUGGCCGUUUUCUUGAGGCUCCGGUGGCAGGCAGCCAGCAGCUCUCCAAUGAUGGGAUGCUAGUUAUCCUGGCAGCCGGUGACCGAACAGUUUAUGAGGACUGCAGCAGCUGUUUCCAGGCCAUGGGCAAGACCUCCUUCUUCCUGGGUGAGGCAGGGAACGCAGCAAGGAUGAUGCUGAUCCUCAACAUGGUGCAGGGGAGUUUCAUGGCGACCAUCGCCGAGGGGCUGACUCUGGCCCAGGCCACCGGCCAGUCACAGCAGACCUUCCUGGACAUCCUUUGCCAGGGCCAAAUGGCUAGCACCUUUGUGGACCAGAAAUGCCAAAAUAUCUUACAGGGCAAUUUCAAGCCAGACUACUAUUUGAAGCAUAUUCAGAAGGACCUGAGGCUAGCCAUCUCCAUGGGUGAUAUGGCCAACCAUCCAACCCCAAUGGCUGCAGCUGCCAAUGAGGUUUACAAGAGGGCUAAGGCACUGGACCAGUCGGACAACGACAUGUCUGCAGUCUACAGAGCCUACAUUCACUAGAGCAAGUUGUGACCUAUCCUCUGGACCACACAAUCUUUAAUCCCUUUUUAUUUCUCCCAUGUUCAUGUAAUGAGUUAUUUUGUUGUUGCUGUUAUAAUUUUAUUAUUAUUUUGCCCAGCACCAGUUAUGUUUCCUGCCCACAAGCAAUGGAAUGGGAACUGUGUUGUUGGAGGCAACCUUGAGCAUUGCACUGACUUUGAUGAAUACAGCUAUAAGAAUGCUCUACGAAGGUUGUACUACUGUGCCUGCGCUGUCUUGUGGGCCAGUUUGUCCACGUUGUGAAAUCCAAUGGUAAAGUAAUGCAGGGUGUUUUGGUAAGGAUGUGGAGUGCAGCGGGGCAUGCAGUUUAUGCCAGACUAAACGCUGUCAGGUUAUGUGGGUGCACAAAUCCUAAAGAUGAAUUUAUUACCUGCUUAGGUGCAUAUGAUUAGGUUAUUUAAGACUGUGUAAUCUUUCUUUUCUUUUUUUAUUGUCCAGAAUUCCAUGAGAGAAAACACCAAGAACAUGCCACUGCAUUGCCUUAAUAUUGUAACCCCCAAGUUGUUCAGUAAUAGAUGUAUUUAUUUAUUUCUGUUUCUUUAUAGGUCUUCUUGGUGCAGUUUGUCAUGGCGUGUUACUGUAUUUGAUGAGAUGAUCUUUGCUUUUUUUUUUUUUUUAGGUGUUUAUGAUCUUUCUUGAAUAAGUCAAGGACAGAGCAACAGAUAUGUUGAGGCCUUAAAUGCAGUAAUAAUUAAUAUCUCAUCAAGACUUGAGCAGACCUUUAAACUUUGUCUUCACAAGAGUUUUUCUCUUUCAAAUACUGGAACUAAAUAAUUCCACUUUUGAGUUGAGUUUUAACUAAAGUCACUAAAUUGACCCCAAAAUAAAGUGCACCGUAGUUGCCAGUCAUUGUUUUCGGUAAGAAUGCAUGAAUAAGCUGCAGAAUCUGUUAUGAUAUAAUGAUACGGAAGAGGAUUAGGGCCACACAAAAAUAAGAGAUUGAUCUCAGAACACAAUAUUUUAAUCCUCUUCCUCAGACAAGUCACAAUGCUGAGUUAACGUUAAUUUCAGCAUUCUGAUGUCUUUUUUUUCCCCCACAGAAUUUGGACUUUUCACAAAUUUCUGAGACUCAUCUCAGAACCUUUCCUUCACAUGGCCCUAAUCCUCUCCCAUAAUUCUAAAUAUUGGGAUUUGAUCAGAAAGGUUUUCUGAAGUUAGCUUGAAGCCACGGACAGAUGUUUUGUUCCUAUAUUUUGUAUAUAUUAAUGUGGACCCUAUUUAUGCCCCCAAAUUCCAAAACAGUACAGGUUCGAGAGACUGGCUCCCCUCAAGCUGUUCAGAAGUCAUAUCCUCCAUGCUGUGAUUUGUAUUGAAAAGCCAAUAUUAGUGUAACCCUCAAACACAACUGAACAAAUGAAGUUGAGAUUUUCAUAUUCCGCAAAGUCAGGGGCAAAAAAGCACACAGAUAUCAACAUGCUUUUUUUUAAAUUAUUUUUUAUUUUUUAAAUUAUCCUCAAGACUGGUUCAAGGUAUAACAAAGGGACAGGCAGAGGUCAUGUGACAAGCAAUGGAGGAUCUUGAUCAGGGACAUGAAUGCUGUGCUCAUGUUGUAUUAGAUUUACCGUAAAUGCGAGCUGCUGACCAGAGAAAAACGUCCUAGUUGUAGUUAAAAGUAGAAAACAUUUGAGAUUUUGUGUGCGUGUGCGCGUGUGUGAGAGUGUGUGUGUAAGCUCCAUCUCCCACAUGCCAUGAAUUGUGGAAGUAUUUUCUCACAGGCAGAAAACACUGCAGUGAGUUAAUCAGUGGUGGCAGUCUUUGUUUCCUGUGGCCUUUGAGGUGUCUCAGUAGAGAAUAUGGUUUGAUUGUAAACUCUCGAGAUCCGACAGGUUGAACAUGGAGUUGUAGCAACAAGGUGCCGUUCUAUGUGUGCUUUCCCGAUAAGACAUGAACACAACAUAAGUAACAUACUGCAUUACUUCGUAGAGAGGGAACAACCACCAUCAUAAGACCCUAAAUUGUAGUUAUUUCCUGGCAAAAGAAAAUAUGUAUUGUUUUUUUUUUUGUUUUGUUUUGUUUUGUUUUUAGGUCCCACUGUUCUAUCAGUUUGAAAUAGUAAGUCUCCUUAUAUUAAUUUCUGAUUAAAUUGAAUAAUUUUAUCGCAUGUUAAGAGGAGGUUAUCUUCCCAUUUUGAAAGAUUUGCCAAAUGAACGACGUUUAAGGUUUUUAGUUUAGGUUCCUAUUACACAGUAUAGUGUAAAGAAAUGUUUUUAGAAGACAAGACCUGUAAAUAGCACAUUAGGCUGAGUGGGGUUACUUUUAUAUAUAUACGAUGGAGGGUGGGGGGAGCAAAUGAAGAAACUACUUUUGCUUUUGACUCUACAGGCCGACUGUCUAACAUCAUUGUGUCUUAAUACUGUAGAUUGUUCAGUUGAAGUGUAAAUGGUUUAUUAAUAUGUGGCUUAUAUAACCUGGCUUAUAAUCACAUUGAAAUGACAAUGACUUGGAUCCCGUUUGAGGAAGGAGGGUGAAACUUUGGUUUUGGGGAUAUUUAUGAUUUUGUGUACAUGUGGAAAUAUCAAGACUUUUUGUGCCGUUUAUUAAAUCCUCUCCUGAUUAAUGGCA